CGUCCACUGCUUCGCACUGUUCAUCGUCGUUGGUGCGGGAGGAGUCGCCUGUUGAACGAGGAUGGUAUAAAAGCCGUGCGGUGCGGCGAACUCGGCAAUUCCAUUUCCGCUUCUUCUUCUUCUCCGGAAACUCCAAACCCUAGCUAAUACACUGUGAGGUGACCUUUGUGGUGUAGAUCAUGGCGAGGAAGAUGCUUAUUGAUGGAGAGCUCGGCAACUCGGCUGCUGCAGAGGAGGAUAAACAGUAUGAUUUCGAUCUCUUCGUGAUCGGAGCGGGAAGUGGCGGUGUUCGUGCUUCUCGGACUGCUGCUGGAUUUGGAGCCAAGGUUGCGAUCUGCGAGCUUCCUUUCCACCCCAUCAGUUCAGAAGUCGUUGGAGGAAUUGGUGGAACGUGUGUGAUACGUGGGUGUGUCCCUAAAAAGAUAUUGGUCUACGGUGCGUCUUUUCGUGGUGAAUUUGAGGAUUCAAGAAAUUUUGGGUGGGAGCUCCCUGAGCAGGUUGACUUCAACUGGAAAAAACUUUUGCACAACAAGACUCAGGAGAUCACUAGACUAAAUGGAAUUUAUAAGAGAUUGUUAGCCAAUGCUGGUGUCACAAUGAUUGAAGGGGAAGGGAAGCUAAUUGAUGCUCAUGUAGUUGAAGUUACAAAUCCCGAUGGCACGAAGCAGCAGUAUUCAGCAAAACAUAUCCUGAUAGCCACUGGUAGUCGAGCUCAGCUUGUAAACAUACCAGGAAAGGAGUUGGCUAUCACUUCUGAUGAGGCCUUGAGUUUGGAUGAGUUACCAAAACGUGUUGUGAUACUUGGUGGAGGAUAUAUUGCUGUUGAAUUCGCCUCAAUCUGGAGAGGUUUUGGUGUUACUGUAGAUUUAUUCUACCGAAAAGAACUUCCUCUACGAGGUUUUGAUGAUGAAAUGAGAGCUGUUGUUGCAAGAAACCUAGAAGGAAGGGGUAUCAAGUUGCAUCCGGGAACAAAUUUGACCGAGCUGAGUAAAACGGAUGAUGGCAUAAGAGUUUUGACGGAUCAUGGCGAUGAAAUUACUGCAGAUGUCGUUUUAUUCGCUACAGGUCGGGGUCCUAAUACGAAGAGGUUGAACUUGGAAGCUGUUGGUGUCGAGCUUGAUAAAAAAGGAGCUAUCAAGGUCGAUGAAUAUUCUCGCUCUACUGUUCCAAACAUAUGGGCUGUGGGUGAUGUUACAAACCGAUUGAAUCUCACACCUGUAGCAUUAAUGGAGGGAACUUGCUUCGCUAAAACUGUUUUUGGUGGUCAGCCGACUAAACCUGAUUAUAAAGAUAUACCUUGUGCUGUUUUCUCCAUCCCUCCCCUUUCCGUGGUAGGCCUCAGCGAACAGCAAGCUAUCGAGCAAGGGAAGAGUGAUGUUCUGGUUUACACAUCAACUUUCACUCCGAUGAAAUACACUAUAUCUGGACGACAAGAAAAGACACUCAUGAAGCUCAUUGUUGAUUCUGAAACUGAUCGAGUUAUCGGUGCAUCUAUGUGCGGCCCAGAUGCUGCUGAAAUUAUGCAGGGUAUUGCUGUUGCACUCAAGUGUGGGGCUACAAAAGCACAAUUUGAUAGCACUGUCGGAAUUCACCCGUCUGCCGCUGAAGAGUUUGUGACGAUGCGAACUUUAACCAGGCGUGUUAACGCGGGAUCUAAACCCAAGACAAAUUUGUAAGAAAAUUAGAAUAUUGAAGAAAAACCUCAAAAGCCAAAGAAUAUAUUAUGUACUUAAAUUUGUCAUCAUGCAAUAACUGUACCGGUAUUUGUUUCCAAACGCUUCGUUUUCUCCGUUACUGCUUUUGACUCGAGUUUCAGUAUCAAAGUCACAAGUACUGUAGUGAUCUGCAAUGUUUAUGUCGAAAUAAAAGUCGCAGUGGCAUCUUUAGCUCGUGUUGCUCCCUAAA